UAAAACCAACGUAUUAAAUAAGUGAGGAUGAGUCUAAUGAGCCGGGAGGUUCAGCCUUUCUGUGGCCACAGGGAUGAGUUUAUUAUUAAUAGGUUUGAUUUUUAGGCAUCGUAUUCUUAUUCUUUAUAUUUUUGUGUAUUUUUCUUGUAUUUGACUUGAAACGGCCACUUUAUGGGAGAAACCGCAACAAAACUGGUUCCUUGAAGGAUUAAUAAAGUUUUCUGCAUCAUAAAUAGAAACUAUAGCAGCAUAAAGAUAAAAACAAAAAAACUAUAGCAGCUACACACAAUAAAAUACAGUGAACAGUAAAAGCACCAGAAGCACAGAAAUGAAUGGAACUGGUACAAACAGUGAACAAUUAAACCAUGUGUGUGUUGGGUGGAGGACUGGACUGGACUCUGUGUACGUAGGAUACUAAAGGCAGUACUAUAAACGAGCCUUUACUCAGUCUGUGAACUCAUGGUUCAUCAUGGAUCCCACACCCUGCUGGUUUAUGAGUCCUCACACGUGAUUAACCACGUGGUUUGUCCAUGAAGUCAAAGUUCAGUCCCCUCCUCACCUGAGCACAGAUGAACGAGUAAAAGGAAACAUAAACACUGAGGAGACGGCUCUGACUACAUGGGAAUCGACUCUUCUGAUUCACUACCAAGAAUCGGCUCUUUUACGCAUGACGCAUCACAACUCCGCAGUACUGCUGAGAACCAGGGAACCAGGGAACCGGAGAACCGUGCAGCUGCAGGAAGGAUUUCAACUUAAAUACUUCUCCUCUAUCUCUCCGUCUCCGUCUCCCUUUCUCCUUAUCCGCCCCCACCCCCCCGCACCGACACAGACCCCGGGCCUCUCCGGAGCCGCCGCCCCGGCCUCCCUCCCUGCAGCCGGCGCACCGCCCCAGCUGCGCCCCGCCGCGGUGGCCUGGUUCCCGGGGAGAGAUGCUGCCGCUGCCGCUGCCGCUGGUGGAGGUGGAGGAGGUGGAGAGGACGGUGGUGGAGGUGGAGAGGAUGGUGGAGGUGUGAGGAGAGCGGAGAGCCGCAGGAACAUGUCCGGGACCAAGCCCCUGACCCCGGUCACCGAGUCCGAGCAGGUCAAGUCUUCAGACCUCGGCCUCCCCGAGCCCCCGGCUCCGCCCCCCAAACCGUCCGGCCGCCACGUCCUGCCUCCAUGUCGAACCUCCUCCUCCUCCGACCAGCCUCAUCUCGGCCACUACCGGCUCAUCAAGACCAUCGGCAAGGGCAACUUCGCCAAAGUUAAACUGGCCCGACACACGCUGACGGGACGAGAGGUCGCCAUCAAGAUCAUCGACAAAACUCAGCUGAACCCUUCCAGUCUGCAGAAGCUCUUCAGAGAAGUCAGCGUGAUGAAGAUCCUCAACCACCCCAACAUCGUGAAGCUCUUUGAGGUGAUAGAGACGGAGAAAACCCUGAACCUGGUGAUGGAGUACGCCAGUGGAGGUGAGGUCUUUGACUACCUGGUGGCUCAUGGACGGAUGAAGGAGAAGGAGGCCAGGGCCAAGUUCCGCCAGAUUGUGUCGGCGGUGGAGUAUUGUCACCAGAAGAGGAUCGUUCACAGAGACCUGAAGGCGGAGAACCUCCUGCUGGACGCUGACAUGAACAUUAAAAUAGCCGACUUUGGCUUCAGUAAUGAGUUCACGAUGGGCAGUAAACUGGACACGUUCUGUGGGUCGCCUCCUUACGCUGCUCCUGAACUCUUCCAGGGCAAGAAGUACGACGGGCCGGAGGUGGACGUCUGGAGUCUGGGAGUCAUCCUCUACACGCUGGUCAGCGGGUCGCUGCCCUUCGAUGGACAGAACCUCAAGGAGCUGAGGGAGCGUGUUCUCAGAGGAAAGUACCGUAUUCCCUUCUACAUGUCGACCGACUGUGAGAACCUGCUGAAGAAGCUGCUGGUCCUGAACCCGGGCAAACGAGGCAGCCUGCAGCAAGUCAUGAAGGAUCGAUGGAUGAACGUCGGCUACGAGGAAGAGGAGCUGAAACCGUUUCCUGAACCAGAGCAGGACCUCAACGACCUCAAACGCAUCGAGCUGAUGGGGACCAUGGGGUUCCCCCAGGAGGAGGUGAGGAAGGCUCUGGACGGCCAGAAAUACAACGAGGCCACGGCCACGUAUCUUCUGCUGGGGACCAAGUCUGCUGAGUGUGAAGCCUCCACCGAGUCCUUCUCCAGUGGGGUCCUGGUCCACGGCUCCAGUGGGAUCCAGUCCCCCGCCCCCCCACGCAGCCUAGCAACCACUCACAAGCAGCGACGCUACAGUGACCACGUGGCGCCCUCUAUCCCCCCGCCCGUGUCCUACACCAAACGCUCUCAUGCCAGCAGUGUGGAGAGCAGCAGGAAGGAUGAGCCGGCGUCGCCCAUGGGAGCUCCAGACCGCAGGAAGUCAGCCACCGCCUCCGGGAGCAUGACUCGGAGGAACACAUGUGUCUAUGACAGGAGCGCUGCUGAACGCCACUCGGUCGCCGUCCCCAACGGGAAGGACUCCAGUCUUCCUGAGGUUCCUGCUGCCUCCCCCUCCCCGUCGCUGGGGGCGACCGUCUCCUCCACUCGCCCCCGUCACGUCAAGUCCAUGUCUGCGUCAGGACAUCCCAUGAAGUCCUGCCUGCCCCCCAUCGACGACAACGCCGAGUAUCAGAGCUCGCCCCACCAGCCCCCGUCCUCACCCUCAGCCUUCAGCGUCACCAGCAGCACAGCCACCCCGGACCGGACCCGCUUCCCCCGGGGCACCUCCAGCCGCUCCACCUUCCACGGAGCUCAGCUUCGAGAUCGACGUCCUGCCACUUACAACGGCCCCCCCGCCUCGCCAAGCCUGACGUCGCCGGCCACGCCCCAUCGCGGCACCUCCACCUCCCUCAUCGGCAAGAUCACCUCCAAGUUCGUACGCAGGAGUUUUUCCGGUGAACCUAAAGAGGAGGGCCGGGAGUCCAAGCCUCGUUCCCUGCGCUUCACCUGGAGCAUGAAGACCACGUCGUCCAUGGAGCCGGGGGACAUGAUGAAGGAGAUCCGGAGGGUUCUGGACGCCAACAACUGUGACUAUGAGCAGCGUGAGCGCUACUUGCUGUUCUGCGUCCACGGCGACGCCCGCCAUGACAGUCUGGUCCAGUGGGAAAUGGAGGUGUGCAAACUGCCCCGCCUCUCGCUCAACGGAGUUCGCUUUAAAAGGAUCUCGGGCACGUCCAUAGCCUUCAAGAACAUCGCCUCAAAAGUGGCCAACGAGCUGCGGCUCUGAGGAGCCCCCAGUUAUUAUCAAACACCCCCCCCCCCAAGUGACGGUGGCCGUCUUGUGUACAGCGCUAUCCUGGGCUAACUGCUGUAUGACUCAGAGAUAUUACUCCUUAUUAUACCUAACACCAUUACUAGUUAAUGUUGCCACUAGAUGUUGAUGCAAGUGAAACCAAAUAUUAAAACAGCUGAUGGUGCAGAUGUUUAGGAGGUUGUGGUUUAUCCCUCAGAGCUUCAACUCCUACAAACCGGUGAGAUGACAACCAAGAGCUGUAACUCAGUUCCUCUGCAAGCAUGGAAGUCUGUUCACUACCAAGAGGAGCAAGCCUUCCUCUGGGUGAAUCACUGUUUACAUGCACUUAAGAAAUCUUUUCUUUCUCUAGGACCUUAAAAACUGAGCUCUGAAACAUGACGUAAAGCUGGAAAGCUGCUGCUCUGAAGAGAUCAGGUUCUGUUGGAGGAGCCCCAGAGCCCAGAUGUUUGUUAGAGCUUUGCAUGUCAGAGAGCCUGGAUGUGGAUGUAGCUGAACCAACUGCAUGCGAUCUGGAUUCUUAUUUCAGUGCAUGUCAAUUUCUUGGCUUAACCUGACUGCAAAGACUCCUGGGUGUUUCUGGAGUGUAGGUAAACAGUCACUGAAAUAUCGCUGCUGCUCUGCCUGUGCAACUUUCUAGCAUUUGCAUUAAAGUGGAUGCGUGUGAAGCUCUUAUUUCUAAUAUUCAUCAGCUGUGGCUGCAGCAGCUAACGAGCUAACGUCUGCUAACUAAAGAUGAGUUCAGACUGAUUGAGAGGCUGGUUGGAGAUGCUGAAAACAUCUGACUGUACCCUAACUCAAAUACAUACACUGACCAGCCACAACAUUAUGACCACUUUCCUAAUAUAGUGCAGGUCUCUCUUGACGUGACUCAUCAGGGAAUAGACAUGGGCCUUCUGAGGGGGUCCUGUUGUGUCUGGGGUCUUUGGGAGG